GAGAGAUGGGGGUGUGCUUCGGUACCCCUGACUUCCCUACUCCUAGCUAUGCUGGUCAUCUCAAAUCAGGAGCGAAGUGGAAAAUCACAACUUCAUCAUCUUCUGCAGCCAGCAAUAGCCAUGACUUGCUAGCUGCCCGCGACAAAAAGGCCUUCGGAGAUGGAAAGAUUGAGGCAGACCCCAGCUUGACCGUCUUCAGUUUCGCAGAGUUAAAAGAGGCAACCAAAAAUUUUCGAGCCGAUGCGCUGCUUGGAGAGGGAGGAUUUGGUUGUGUCUAUAGAGGGACGCUUCAUGGGAAGCAACAGUCUGGAAGGACAGAAACUAUAAUAGCUGUGAAAACAUUAAACCCGGAUGGUGCUCAAGGGUAUAGAGAGUGGCUGAGGGAGAUAGCCUUUAUUGGAAGGAUAUCUCACCCUAACCUUUUCAUUCUCCUGGGAUUUUGUCACGACGAUGAAAAUUUAGCUCUUGUUUAUGAGUUCAUGCCAAUGGGCAGUUUGGAAAACCAGCUAUUCGGAAAGGGCUCUACAGAUCAUCUUUCAUGGGAUGUACGCCUCAAGAUUGCGGUUGGAGCUGCCAAAGGCUUGGCCUUCUUGCACAGUUCUAACAUGAUACACAGGGAUUUUAAAAGUGCAAAUAUUUUGCUAGAUGGGUCUUACACGGCCAAACUCUCGGACUUUGGAUUGGUGAGGUCUGGUCCUCUAGACGACAAGACACAUGUUUCAACACAGUUUAUUGGUACCGAUGGCUAUGCUGCACCUGAAUACAAAAUAACCGGGCAUCUGACUGUAAAGAGUGAUGUUUAUAGUUUCGGCGUUGUGCUGCUUGAGAUACUAACAGGUUUGAGGGCGUGUAACCCACGGUCUCCAACGGGCCUGGCUACUUUAGUGAAGUGGGCCCUACCACACUUACACAGUGAGGGAAAACUGAGUACUAUAAUGGACUCGAGAUUGAAGGGUGAACAUUGUGAAGAAUUUGCAUUCCAAAUAGCACAACUAGCUUUAAUAUGCCUCAAUCUAACUCGUAAGCUGCGCCCUUCCAUGUCUGAAGUCGUGGAAGUACUAGAAUCAAUAGAAGCUGCCAGUGUCAAUAGAAUACUACCGAAUGCUUGAAUUUAUUUGUUAUGUUGUUUGGAUUUCAUGUGAUGGGAUCAAAGUCUGUUGCUUCUUGGGAUUAAUCUUGGGCUUUGAAUGUUGAAUGUUCUUUUCCAUUGUACCCGGUAGUAACUAGGUGUUGUGUUUUCUU